AUGGCGCACAUCUCGAAUGUCGCUAUGCCAAGAGUCAGAGCCCCGCCAAACAAAGACCAGGUCUAUUGGUGGUCUCCGGAACUUGCGCGUCUUCGGGCUGCAUGCUCAGCUGCGCGUCGUCAUUACUCGCGUUAUCGGCGACGACACAGAGGGAACGGUGAUCCAGCGGAAGAGAACCGCAUAUACGCGGUAUACAUCGAGGCGAAGAACAUCAUGCGCCAAAAGAUAGCAGAGGCGAAGCAGAGAGCGUGGGAGGAGUUCCUCGAGUCUCUCGAACUGGAUCCCUGGGGGCGCCCCUAUAAAUUAGUCAUGAACAGGUUGCGUCCCUGGGCCCCUCCCCUUACAGCUGCGAUGGAGCCGUCACUUUUAACAUCUAUUGUGUCGGCUCUAUUCCCACCCCAUGCCUCUGGACUGGGAUCACGGGUCGGGGUUAGAGAAGUGACCGAAGACUCGGAGAGUGUCCGGAGGUAA